CGGCUUCCCCUCGCUGCCCGCAAACAGCCCGGCCUCAGGAGCCAGCCUGCAUUCCUGCGAACGCUGGGUGCAGCUCCCCGCUUCUCAGGAGGAAAGCUCUCUUGGAAGAGCGGGAAAGCCAGGUGUGGGCCCAGGUGCUGGGGCUGAUGAGGAGGAAAACCGAGUUUCUGUCUUCAAGUCUGCUGUGCCCGGCAGAGAAGAGGGGGCAGGACACUUCGGAGAGGGCACGGCUAUUCUAAGGGCCGAGAAUGAGGGGUAGGAAGUCUUAACUGGUCUGUACAGGAGGAUGCUUAGCGAGGGUGGCAGGGGGUGAUGGGGGAGGGGAAGGUCUGGAAGGGCCAUCCUUAUGUGCCCUGAGACUCUCCCCCCCCGAUUGCCCCAUGACUUCCUCCAAGUGAUGCAGACAGGACUUGAGAGGGCCAUGAUCACCCUGGCGGCUCGAAAAGAUCCCCAUGAGUUGCUUGAGACUGUGUCAAAGCCAUCUUUACAAGCACAGCACCUGACCCAGGUCCCGGAGCAUAGCAGGCCCAGAAAGGCACGGGGCCAAAGGCAGGAAUGCGCGCUGGGCGAGGAAGCCCCUGGGGUCGGGGGUCCUCACGUUGCCAGGGACUAAGGCUCGCUCUGCUCCACCCCUGGGGGCGCCCGCAGGUGCCCGACUCCGGCCAUGCUGGCGCCGGCGCUGCUGUGUGCCUACCUGCUGCUGGCGGCCCGCGCCUCGCGCGCCUGGUCCGACCCGGACCCGGAGGAGCCCGGCUCCAGCACGGCGGCGCAGAUCCGCGACAUGCACGAGAAAGUGACGGCGAUCUGGCAGGAGAUGACGCAGCGGCAGGCGGCGGGCGACCGCCCGGACGCCGCGCUCCACGCCGCCUGCCGGGUGCAGCCGUCGGCCACGCUGGACGCGGCGCAGCCCCGGGUGAGCGGCCUCGUGCUCUUCCGGCAGCAGGUGCCCGGCGCCCGGCUCGAGGCCUUCUUCGACCUGGAGGGCUUCCCGGCCGAGCCCAACAACUCCAGCCGCGCCAUCCACGUGCACCAGUUCGGGGACCUGAGCCAGGGCUGCGACUCCACCGGCGCGCACUACAACCCGCGGGCCGUGCCGCACCCGCAGCACCCGGGCGACUUCGGCAACUUCGCCGUGCGCGACGGCCGCCUCUGGAAGUACCGCGGCGGCCUGGCCGCCUCGCUCUUCGGCCCGCACUCGAUCGUGGGCCGCGCCGUGGUGGUCCACGCGGGCGAGGACGACCUGGGCCGCGGCGGCAACGCGGCCAGCGUGGAGAACGGCAACGCGGGCCCCCGGCUCGCCUGCUGCGUGGUGGGCGUGUGCGGGCCGCUGCCCUGGGCGCGCCAGGCGCAGGAGCACGCCGAGCGCCGGAAGCGGCGGCGGGACAGCGAGUGCAAGGCCGUCUGAGCGCGCCCCCCGCCCGGGGCGGGGCCCGCGGAGACCCCCUGCGGGCCCCGCCGCUCCUCCGCGCGCCAGGCACCUGCCCCCUGCCGGCCUUGACUUUCUCCCCCCAGCUCCCAGAGACACCUUCUCGCCCGGGGUCCCAGUUCUGCGCGGCUGAGGUCUCCCCGAAAAUCCCCUCCACCCCGAGGCCUCCAACCACGUACGCGAUAACACCCCUCCGCAUCCAGAGGGCAGGCCGUGCCCUCUGAGACCCCCAUCUCGAGCUCUGAGGAGCCCUGGACGUAUUGAAAUAACCCACCUACCCUCCCGGACCCCCCACCCCCACCCCAGGUUCCUUUCUACCCCUGAACCAAUCCUGCUAUGCCCUGAGGACUCAACUCCUCCCACCCCUUAGAGUCCUUCUAGGCGCUCUGAGACCCUUCCUGAGGUCACCUAGCCCCCCACCCCAACCGCCGACCCCCCGACCUCUCACACACCAUGCCAGCACAUGCAGCCUGCAGUUAGGCGCCCCUGCCCGGUGUCCUUGGCUGUUGCUCGCCCGCUGCCACCCACAGAGAGGCCGAUUGGCAGUCUUCGUGUUGCAUAUUAAAACUCAGCAAUUCAGUCUUGCA